UCUUUGCUCCGAAAUGUGUGGAACAAUGAAUCACAACACGCCUGGUUGACUAGCAGCUAGGGAUCCUCAAGAACUCAGUGCCUUUCGUUGUUGCCGCCUUGAUUUACGUAGAAUAUUCGAGGCGAUCGGUUCUUGUAGCAGUAGUUUCGGGAUUUAGCGACACAGCCUAUAUUUCGGGUAAUCUCCAGGCUCUUCCUCCAAUUCAGCGCAUGCGCGCUAAAAUUUUGCUUGCCAUUUCAUUGGCCCUCUCCGUUUGCCUCGCUUAAUUUUCGAUAACUCACCGAACAAAGAGCUUCAAACAUCAUUCUUCCUUAUCUUCUAGGGAACUCUUCUUCGCCUCUGAUCAACCUGCAACAGUGUGAGAUAAUGCUUGAUCAUCUCUGAUUCCAUUGCCGAAGUCCAUCAGCAGGCCAGAAUCCAUGAUGGACAACCAAGAGAGCUCGACGCCGAGUGAGGCCGGCGAGGCUGCCCUGACUACACCUUUGGCUGGCCCCAGCUCGCAAGAUGCAGCGGCCGCAGCGCCGCCAGGGGCUGAGAAUGAAGAGAACGAGGAUGGUGGCGAGAAUGAAGGAAGCGAAUGGGACGACGAAGAAGAUGAUGACGAUGAGGAUGUGAGUGAAGACGAGGAAGAUGACGAGGAAGACGAGGAAGAUGACGAUGAAGACGAGGAAAGUACUUGUGGCCAUGAAAAACGACAGAAACGCAAGAAACCCAUGCCCUCCCUCCUUGCAUUGGCUGAGAGAGGAAUUCUGAAGCUACUCACGAAAGCCGUCGAUGGCCAGCGAGUGACAGCUCGGUACUGCUGCGGUGGUCGCGUCCGAAGCCUGCCCCCUACAACACUCCCAUUUCAAGACGAGAAGCCACGAAAGGUCCCGAGAUUAACCAUGCGCUGGGAUGAUGCCGAAGAUAGACGAGGGAGGAAGAUUCACUUCCCGCAUAACGACUCGCCUUCAGGCUCAAGAACCAAAUUAGAUACCCAAAUCGAGACGCUGGCUGAUCGGUGUGGAGUUACUGGCUUAUUGGAUGACUCCCGGUUUUCGAUCAACUUCGAUCCACAUUUCUAUGGGAUCAUUGAUGUGAUCACACAAGUUUUGUUGCCUGGAUUUGAGUCGGAGAUAUUGAAGGGUGUGCCUGAGUGUCGUGGCAUUAGGGCAAAGCUUUCGAAUCUCCAGGUUCGCUCGGCAGGAGGAACGGCUUAUCGGCCUCUCCCUGCCCAUCGAUCAUCCCAAUACUUUGGCAAGCUCAUAGUAUGCCUGCCGUAUCCUCAUAAAGGUGGGCAAUGGGAAAUUUCAAAUGAUGGCCACUCAUCCACAAUCGACUUCAGCCACUCAGACGACAACACUACACUCCAUUGGGCAGCAUUUGUAGGCGAUUGUACCCACGAAUGUCAGCCUGUUGAGGAAGGUCACCAACUUGUGUUGAUAUAUAACCUUUUUCUCUGCCAGCGGAUUGGGGAGGUUCUCCGCGAUAAUUCAACUGCGGACCCUACGCUCUUUCCACUCUACACAGGUGUCAAAGAGAUGCUGGAGCAUCCUGGUUUCAUGAAAAAGGGAGGCGUGCUCGGCUUCUACUGCCAGUACCCUUACCCUCACGUGUCUUCCAACACAGCCAAACAACUUCCGUCCACCCUCCAAGGCGUCGACAUGGUUGUUUAUAGCGUCUUCAAAUCUCUCGGCUUGAGCACCGAAAUUCUACCCCUCCUCGACCUCUCCCCACUCGACGAAAUGGACGAGACAGAAUACGAACGCGAAGAAGAGUGCUACCACAGCGACCCGUGGUCUUACGUAGACGACUACGACUUCGGCGACGACUUCCCAGAGUGCGAGUCCUGCUACCCCGACUUCCCGACUUUUGAAGAGUGGAAGGCAAAAAGACCAAGAAUUGACAGGGUUGGGACGAAACUCCACAGUCUGAGGUUCUCGGAGUCGAGCGAAGAUGCGGAGUAUAUUCGUGAGGUGAAGGAGGAGGUCCUUGAAGAUAGUUGGCCCUGGAAGGAACUCUUCGAUGUCAAGUGGCUGAAUGAGAAGCCUUCCAAAGGCACCGGGGAACUGGCACUCGUCAAUACAUUUUCUGGUUAUGGCGAGGGGACGGAAAAGUUCUACUCGCAUCCUGUGAUCUUGAUUACGGUGCCGAAGUUGGUGGAUAGGGAGCUCGCGGUUGCGAAGUAAGGUGAGAUAUGGCGUUGCUGGGACCCCUAGAUUGUUUUGAGCGCCUUGCAGGGUGGUUGGGUUCGCUUCGUAGUAGGAGUUGG